ACCCCUCAGUGCAUUUCACUCUCCUCCGUCGGCGACUUCUCCAGACAGCAACCCCUUCUUGAUUAGCUCCCGCAGGAAUGAAGAUCUUUAUUCUUUGUUGCCUGGUGGCCCUGUCCAUUGGCUUUCCCGACAAACCAGCUCCAUCGGGAUAUGAUUACCCUGCCCCGGCUAACCCUCUGAGUUACGAACCACCCUCUCCAUCGUACGGCGCACCCGACGACUCUGACGAAGCCCCCGAACCACAGUACGGCCCUCCCUCUCGAUCCUAUGGAGCGCCUGAGGAGACUCGCGAGGCUCCGGAACCCACCUACGGUCCGCCAUCCCGUUCCUACGGAGCCCCUGAACCUCAGUACGAGGCCCCGGAACCCACAUACGAAGCUCCCGAACCCUCAUAUCUUCCUCCUUCUCGUUCAUACGGAGCCCCUGAACCCAAGUAUGAAGCCCCUGAACCCACAUAUGGUGCUCCCUCUCGCUCUUAUGGGGCUCCAGAGCCAUCAUAUGAAGCUCCCGAGCCCGUAUAUGGUCCUCCUUCCCGUUCUUAUGGAGCUCCCGAAGCCACAUACGAGGCUCCAGAUGAUUCCUACGAAGCCCCCGAACCCGCAUACGGACCUCCCUCGCGGUCCUACGGAGCCCCAGAGCCCUCAUACCAGGCUCCGGAUGAUUCCUACGAAGCCCCAGAACCCGUGUAUGGCCCACCCUCACGGUCCUAUGGAACCCCCAAAGCCCCAGAACCAGCCCCGUCGUACAAAGCGCCAGAGCCCAAGUACGAAGCCCCAAAACGUAAAACCGAAGCACCCAAGCAGAAAUACGAGGCUCCCGAGCCCAAGUACGAAGCUCCAAAGCCCAAGUACGAAGCUCCAAAGCAGAAGUACAGGGCUCCAGCUCCCAAGCAGAGGCGACCAACUCAGUCUUACAAAGCCCCAGAGCCAACAUAUGAGGCCCCUGAACAAUCCGCAUCUUACCAGGCGCCCUCGGCAACUUACAAGUCACCAGAGCCUUCCUAUGGGAAGGGCAUGCCCUUCGACUUCUCCUACGAAGUGCAAGACGGCUACAACGGCCUCGACUUCGGCCACAACUCCAACUCUGACGGGAACCUCGUGACGGGGGAGUACCGCGUCCUCCUCCCCGAUGGCCGCCUUCAGAUCGUCACCUACACCGCCGACUACAACGGCUACAAGGCCGAAGUGAAGUACGAGGGUGAGGCCAAGUACCCCGAAGCCGAAACCUACCAGAAGCCCGGCCGGUCGUACUCAGCCCCGUCGCAGAGUUACGAGGAGCCCAAAUCCGCUUACGGUGCGCCCGACAACUAAAAAUCGUUAGAAAAUAUAGUAUAUAUAUUUCAUGCCAUGGAGAGUGAUUGCAUCCUCGAGAAUCGAACGUUAUUUAUUAUUUUUAUAAGAAUUUUUUUUUAUAGCCGAUGAAUAAAAUCGAACAAUGUC